AUGCGCCGCCACGACUCGAAACUCGUCUCCCAAACCUGGCGCGACUGCAUUGCGUAUUGUCGAGCUGCCAUUAUGGCACCAAAGGACCAUCCCUCGAGGGCAUCCGCUCCUUGGGUUCGAUCAUGCUCCGAGCUUCAAAGGGAGCUCCUAAGCAAGUACGGACCCGAAAUCAUUGAAGCCGCACGCGCCGGCUGCGCUGCCCUCAUCAAUGACCGCUUCGAGGGUCAACCUCACAAGAUCCCGCACAUCGACAAGAAGCGGAGUUUCCUCAGUAACUGGCAUGGUCAACCCGUUGGCGACUCUCUCCUUCCGCAACGAAAUAUCCUUGCGACUGCCGCCUACGAGGCUGGUGCCCUACCCUGCCACCUGGCUAUGUUAGCCUGGGGUACUCCUGAGCAAGCCGCUAGACUAUCCUUCAUCUCCCACGUCCCCAUUUGCGACGACUAUGCCAGCUUCACGGAGUCAGACUACGAGGCCCGCAUCAGGCAUGCUGCACUCGCCGUUGGGGCAGCAUAUGCCUUUGGAGGCUGGGCGGCGGAGGCCAUUAUCGACGGGAGCAUGCUUCAAGCCACAGGCACCGGCACGGGUUUGGGAACCGGAGAGGCCGGUUUGAUUGAGGGCGUCAUGUCCUGGCGAGCUGUAAACGGCGCCACGGUGCCCUACACCAGCUACCUUUUCGGGAAGGGCACUCUGGCCGAAGGGCUGAUCGCGCCGCAGGUCUUCACGGCAGUACACGACCUAUUCGACUGGCGUAGUGACACGGCUGCUCGAAACCAUGAGAACGGUGUCACGGGUGUCUAUGGCGUAUUGGGGGUGGAAGAUCCAUUCCACGUCUACCUGGAAGCUAUCCUCGAGACGGCCACAUUAUACCCGGUGCAUGCUACGUGGACUACCGGCGCCAUGACGGUGGGCCACUACACAGCAGCGCGCUAUGGCACCUACGACUACCGUGGCAAGCACGAUUCCUGCUGCGAUAAUUGUGUCAGGCUCCUUCGGGAAGCCACGGCGCGGGCCAAUCUCGCCUGGAAGCCUGAAAUCCCUCCCCGGUCGUUUGCCGAGGGCCAUGAGUACCGCAACCUGUUGAAGAGACAGAUUGAUCAGUACGAGCAACAUGACAUGGUACAGAAAGGGCUUAGUUGGUUUCAACAUCUUGUGGUCACUGGCGAGAUUUGGAUAUUCGACCUCCUGAGGGAGGGGGUUGAGCCCAUAGACGUCGAGGCCUAUUGGGUUUAGGAAGAAAUACUGGCGGCG